UUGUUAUUAAAUCCGAAUGGUCCUACGUAAUACACGAAGCUACAAUGAAAUACGUCAUUGUUAUUGUCUUAAUUUGCAUAGAAAAAUAUUUCUGUUCCGAAAUUGUGAUAGGAGCUCUAUUCGACAAGCAUAAAACUAUUGAAGAUAUUUAUUCUACUAAUGCUCUCAAAUACGCCGUUGAAAGGGUCAAUAAUGGAACUAUCGAUAAAUCCACUAAGAUAUCUUAUAAAAUUGAGAAUAUCGAUGAGAAUAAUCCGUUUCAAGCUUUGAAAAAAACCUGCGAGUUAUUGAGUCAAGGUGUUGUUGCAAUUUUAGGCCCAAGAAAUGGUAAAAAUUUCGAGGCAGUUCAGUCGGUAUGCGAUGCCAAAGAAAUUCCUGUCAUACAAACAACUUGGAACGCCAAACCGUUGAGGGAUUCCACCGUUAUAAACAUUUUUCCCCAUCCAACUAUCUUGUCGCAAGCUUAUUUGGAUUUCCUAAGAGUUUGGAAUUGGAAAAGGUUUACUAUAUUGUACGACAAUGACGAGAGCCUAAUUAGACUGAACGAAGUCCUGAAAUUAACUCUGGAUCGUUCCUAUGUGAUUAUUGUUAGGAAAUUGGAUCAAUAUAAUACUGGCAUAUACAGAAACAUUCUGAGAGAAAUGGCUGACAAUGAAAUGACGAAUUUCUUCAUCGACUGCCGUCUGGAUUACCUUCAAGAGCUGCUUCAGCAAUGUCAGCAAAUGGGGCUGAUGAACAAACGAUAUCAUUAUUUCAUAAAUAAUAUAGAUACGCAUAUACUAGAGCUAGUUUACCUAAAGUACAGUCAGACGAAUAUAACAACGUUCCGUCUGGUGAACAAUGACCAAGAGGCUAAAGAUGAAUUAUGUGUAACUUACUACGUAGAUGAUGUCUACUCGGAGUGUUUUCUGCGUACAAGUUAUUUUCUAAUUAUGGAUGCAGUGACGAUGAUAAAUAACACCCUUGCUGAAAUGAAAGACGUACCAAAUUUUGCCACGAAAAGUUUAUCUUGUGAUGACAUGGACAAUUGGGAAUAUGGUCUCACUUUAAUCAAUCUGAUGAAAACGAAACCCUUUGAAGGGAUAACCGGUUUGAACGUUUUCGAUAAUGAGGGUUACAGGAGUGACUUCGUAUUGGAAGUUGCUGAGUUACAAGAGACCGGCAUGACAACUGUGGGAACAUGGACUGCAAGUGGGGGCUUUAAUUUGGCCAGAAUGGGACCAAACCAUUCAAAUGCUGAUGACAACGAAUCCUUGGCGAAUAAGAAUUUCACCGUACAGUUAACUUUGACGAAACCAUUCGGUUUUCAUACAGAGUCUCCAAAUACGCUUUUCGGAAAUGACAGGUUCGAGGGUUUUGCUGUUGACCUAAUCAAAGCUUUGGCUGAAAUGGAGCAUUUUAAUUAUACAUUUGUUCUUCGAGAAGACAACGACAAUGGGUCGAAAGAUCCUAUAUCAGGACAAUGGUCUGGGAUGAUUGGAGAGCUUAUAAAUAAAACCACUGAUCUGGCUAUAACAGAUUUAACAAUCAAUUCACAGAGAGCAGAAGCUGUUGAUUUCACCACGCCGUUCAUGAAUUUAGGUAUUGCCAUUCUGUUUCAAAAGCCUAAAGAAGCUGAACCGAAUUUUUUCUCUUUCGCUGAUCCGUUCUCAUAUGACACGUGGGUGGGACUGUUCCUAUGUUUCCUGUUAGUAUCAUUCUCCAUGUUUCUUCUUGGCAGAAUUUGCCCUAGUGAGUGGACCAAUCCUUAUCCUUGUAUUCAAGAGCCUGAGUACUUGGUCAACCAAUUCACCUUGCCAAAUUCUUUCUGGUUUUCCAUGGGAUGUUUGAUGCAACAAGGAAGUGAAAUAGCACCAAUAGCCACAGCCACGAGGAUGGUAGGUACGAUGUGGAUGUUUUUAAUUCUAAUUUUAAUUGCCUCCUAUACCGCAAAUUUGGCUGCUUCUUUGGCAAAAGAAAACCCAGAAAAUAUGUUUACCGAUGUGACGUCACUCGUUGAGAAUGCUGAGAUCAAGAAAAUCAGAUAUGGUGCCAAAAAGAAGGGAGCUACUUACAAUUUUUUCAAAAACUCGAAAAAUCCCAUUUAUCAGAAGAUUUUCGAACAUAUGAGGACUCAUGAUGAUGACAUGGUGAAAGAGAACGCCGACGGUGUGAAGUUGGCUAUGGAAACUCAAUACGCCUUCUUCAUGGAGAACACAGCUAUAGACUAUGAAAUUCAAAGACACUGUAACUUGGCAAUGUACGGAGAUUUACUGGACAAUAAAGGAUAUGGAAUAGCCAUGAGAAAGCACUCUCCGUAUAGAAGCAAGUUGAGUUCGGCUAUUUUGAAGCUACAGUCUACUGGAGUGAUGGAUAACUUGAAGAGGAAGUGGUGGCAGGAAAAAAGAGGAGGUGGCCAGUGUGUUGACCAAGACUCUUCAGAGGCUACUCCAUUGGGUAUGAAGAACGUUGAGGGGGUUUUCAUAGUCACCAUUGAAGGCUUAAUGAUAGGCCUUCUGAUCGUGCUAAUAGAGAAAAUUAUCAGCAUAAUAUCAAUAAGUAGAAGAAGUAAAAUUUCCAUAUGGCGAACAUUUAAGCACGAAAUGAAAUGUUAUGUCGACUUUGAAAACAGUUCCAAGCCUGUAUUGAGGGGCGAAGAGGAAGACCCAACUGGAGAAGGUUAUGAAGAGAUGUCCAAAUGAAAUAUGUAUAGAAGAGGAUUUCUUUAUGAGUUGAAUUUGCUUACCGAAUUGAAAAAAUUGUUGUUAUUGAUUCAAAAACAGAUUUUUAUUGUCGUAUGAAAUUGAUAUGAAUAAAUGUUUAUAACUGAA